AUGUCUGACGCACUUAAUUUAGUUGGCAUUGCUAUAUGGACUGCCAUCAUUACUCUAUUCCGUGGCCAAAAAGGGGGCGGUACAGCCUACAAGCAUAUUGCCCUGUCUUUUACGCGCACCCUCUUUCGAAAUGCAUCCAUGGAGCAGCUUCAGCUUAUUUUCCCCCCCGCUCUCGCUCAGAAAAGUUAUGAAGCCCACAUGAGACAACAAAAUGCCUCCCCGAACAUACUCGCUCUCCCCGAAGGUACAAUGGCAUUUCAGCUGGGUAACGUUGCUUCCGAGAAGUUGAUUAUCUACUUUCCCGGUGGCGGCUACUGCCUCCCCGCACUACCGAGUCACUUCAGCUAUCUCGAAGCUCUCUUCGCGGAUAUAAGACAACACGGAAAAAGCAUCGGUGUGCUAUUCCUUGCUUAUGAGCUUGCCCCCGAAGCCCGAUGGCCUCGGCAAUUGCAACAGGCCGUUAUCGUGCUACAGUACGCCAUCCAGACACUGGGAAAACGACCGUCAAGCAUUAUUCUUCAGGGUGACUCUGCGGGCGCUCAUCUUGCACUUGCACUGCUAUCACAUCUCACUCACCCGCAUCCUCAAGAGAUCGUGCCAAGAUUUUCGGUUGAUGAGCCCCUCGGAGGAGCGAUGUUGUUGUCCCCUUGGGUUGACUUCAGAACUGAUCAUCCGAGCUCCAGUGAAAACGCGGAUAAAGACGUCAUGACGGCUGAGACUUUGAACAGCUGGGCACGGAUAUUCCUGGGCCAGACUGUCGAAGAUGAGUACAACUGCCCCGCCAAAGCCCCAGCGGGUUGGUGGAGAGAUCUUCCUGUUUCAAAAAUCUUUGUUGGCGCUGGAGGAGAUGAAGUCCUGUUGGAUCCGAUUAGGCAGACGGCAGAGAAGAUGAAGGCCGAACUCCCCGACGUGAGCAUAAGUAUUGUGCCUGGAGAAUUCCACGUUGAGUCGAUCACGGGCUUCGCUUUGAAGAUACCCCCUGGAUUUCAGUUCAAGGCGAUGGCGUCAUGGCUGUACCAGACCUUUUUUCAAAUGCACUCGAUCCACGAUCCACAGGCGCGGCCCGAGAGACCCGGGGAUCAGCCUCGGAAGAAGAUCCGAAAAGGGACCCGCAGUUGCUGGCAAUGCAAACAUCGCAAAGUUCGCUGUAUUUUUGCGUCUGAUAGCGACCAGAGCUGCAAAGAAUGUCUCGCCCGGGGACUUCCAUGUCGCAGCCAGGAAUUGCCGGAGCCUGAGAAUCCCCGCGAAUCGGACCGCACAUAUCUGAACGAGCGGAUGGCUCGGGUGGAGAACCUGUUGGAGAAGCUUCUGAUACGAGUCGACGGUGGCAACAGUCAACAGGGGGACUUGAAAUCACCUAUAGAUUCAGCCGGAACCAGCCCCGAAUCGAGUCCCCCGACCGUGACACCAGCUCCGGACAAUGCUCCAGUCUUGUCUCUUUUUGACAACGAAGCGAUAGGUUUCAAACGAACCGACACCGCUGAGUCCGAUUUUACGCCAUAUGGCACAAUUAAUCGGGACUGGGGGAGACUGCGCCGCGAUCUGACAGCCUUGAUACCCUCUCAAAAGACAUUGAAAAUUAUAUCGGAGGCUAGCAGUAGCUGGUGGCUUAUGCGCGUGCAGUUAUUCGGAGACUACGAUGAAUCAUUGCUUUCGUCCUCGGAGCAACAGCUUUCAAAUAGCCACCCAGCUAUGGUUGCUAAGGCCGUCUUGUGGAUUGCACUGUGUCUCCAACAACUCCCUUCGGGGUUUAAUUUGUCCUCUCUCGAUCUGCCCUGCCUCCCAUGGGUCCUGGUUGAUGAAUGCAUCACCCGUGUUUCCACGCUCGUUUGCUCCGAUGACUCUAUUGUCAGUUGUAUUGACGGGCUUGAGUGCUUAGUCCUACAGGGGUUAAUCUUUAGCAAUGACGGAAAGCUACGAAGUGCGUGGCUUUCUUAUCGUCGAGCUGUAAACAUCGCUCAGCUCAUCGGGUUCCACCGUGCUGAACCAGCUCCCAAUCAGAGUGUCGAGUUUCAACACCGGGCUACGUUCAUCUGGAGACACAUCCUUAUGGUUGACAGGCAUUUCUCCCUGAUCCUUGGGGUACACGGCGCUAUAUCCAAUACGGCAAUAGAUCUAUAUCAAUCCAACCCAAGAGACUCCCAUGAUUUACCCGUUCACAAUGAAUCCGUUCUGAACCCGCUUGCUCGGAUAGCUGGCUCAAUCAUUGAGCGCAAUCAGACCUUCACCGAAGUCACUCCGGCUAUGCUGCAGAUGACACAGAGCAUCGAUAUGAAACUUCAAGCGUUCGAUCCCCCUCCUUUGGCGUCACCCGACAAUCUUCCGUCAGGCAAGUGUACCGAGCGGUCUUCUUGUUUCCUCGGGCUUCACUAUCGAUUAUGGUACUACCAGCUCAUGGCUUGGUUACAUCUGCCUCUUUUACUAGCGUCAGGUACUGACAACUCCUAUGAGUAUAAUCGCCAGACCUGUCUCCAUGCCUGCCGCAGCAUCAUCGCUUGUUAUGUCAAUAUCCGACGCACCACUGAAAACGGGUUUGACUCGAAGAUUCUUGAUUUCCAAGCCUUCACUACGGCGAUGACAAUUAUCGUCAAUGCCCUCGGGCCAUUUGGCCCCCAGGAUUUAACCAAAGGAGAUUACUUCGCUCUCGACCGGGUUGUGGCUGUUCUAGAACAACUAUCGAAUACUGUUCCUCCGGACAAGAUCGCAACUCGAGCAGUGCACGUUCUGAAAAUUAUCAAGGCAAUAGGAAUGGGAACUGAACCCCCGCCACUGGACGAAUCAGAAGGGCACCAAUACGAGAAUGGACGGCCUACUCGCAUCAAGCUCGAUAUUCCCUAUUUCGGCACAAUAUACCUCGAACGUCGUUCCAUGAGCGCUCAAUCAUCUAGACAUAUUGCGAUUGCUGUUAAACCGCCGCCAAUUUUGCCCAAUACCGCGCCUGGGCAAUACUACCCAUCAUCUUCAUGGAUGGACACGAUGCCGGACCCCGGUUAUCCAAAUGGAAAUGUUGUGGGAACAGCCCAAUGGGCGGAUCCUAACUUGAGCUUUGAUCCGCCUACCGAGUUUUGGGCUCUUAACUCUGACUUCACGUUUCAGGCUCCGUUUUUGGCUGAUUAUGAUGUUAAUUGGGAUUAUUUGGAUAUGGGAUUAUGA